UUCAGACUCCAAGAUUUUAGGAGUUCCGGUUUCACGGCGCAUGCGUUCCUUGGUUUAAAACAUGGCAAUAUCGUUCCCAGGGCCCACGUGCCAUUUGGUUGGCGCUGACCAAAAGACACGUGGGCUCUUGGAAGGAGAUUCGCCGGCUCAAGACUAUCCCCAGGCUAAGUCGAGAAUCCAACAUGACGGAGGCAUCGGAGGGUAAAGUUGUUUCUCAAAGAAGCCUUAGAAGACGGCGUAGAGAACUCCGACAUAGAGCCCAGAGUCUCGUAGAAGGAGCUACAGAUCCUUGGGAAGAAGUCGAAGAGUAUGAAACCGAUAUUCCAGAAGGUGAAGAAGAUGAAUUCAUUGACGAGGAAACUGCAGAGGUUGCCGAAGAAGUGAUGGAGUUCACGUACACGAUAAGAGAACUGGGAGCGGAAAUGAUUCUAGGAUAUGUGUGGUGGUCACUUAUCCAUGGAAUAGCCCCAAUGAUCUGGUUCUAUCCGCUAAAUGAGCUUGAAAUUUCUGGUUAUGAAGCAUUUGUUGUAACCAUUCUAUCACCCAUAUUUACUGGGAUUGGCAUACUGCUACGGUUCUCUGGUACCAUACAUGGCUUGGCGUUUUGGCGAGUUCUUUCCUUGGUGGGUAUUGCUUCUUUCCAGGCACCAACAACCCUUAUCAGGUUGAUGAUGUUGGCAUUUGGUUGCGGAACAGCAAUGCUCUGGUUUUGUGGAAUGAUUUGGUCGAAGGAUCCUAAAGAGAGGGUACUUUCAUUCUGGGGCCUUAUUCUGGGUUUGUUUCUUUUGUUGUUGUUGCGCACUUCAUAUGUCACUGUCAACCCAAUCUGGUCAGAUGUCACCAGCAACAGGGUCGUUCUACUUAUUGCUGUCAUCGCCACCUUAGACAGAGUAUACACUGGCUAUAUGAUGUCCAUCUCUCAGUCAGGACCUCAAGCAAAGUCAUCAACUGAGCCCCAAGACUCAAAGGUCUCAGGUCCUGGGUGGUUCUUAGUUGCUUUAGGAUUUGGUGCCCUGAUGUUCCUCACUCAUGAUGUCUUUGGUGAAGUGUCACUCAUUUGUCGCUGGGCUGUUGCAGGUUAUCCACACACAGGACCCAAGCCCAACCCAUGGGGUGCUGCAGUGAUUAUUGCUCUUGGUGUUGGUGUCCUUCUCUCUCGUUACAACUGGACUAGUAACUUGUUUUGGUGGCUCGUUGGCUCUGGUGGGGCAGCAUUACUAUACUUCGCCCCUCGUUACUGGUCCUUUAUUGGUGGUCUAAUGCUUAGCGUCUACACCCUGUCCAUCUGGCCAGCCAUGAUUGACAGACUGUUCUGCCGUCCUGUUGCACGUACACUCACUUUAGCUAACUUGGUUUACAUUGUCCUUAUACUUGGCUCAGUGUGGGUUGUGGCAUUCAACUUUGUACCUGGGGGAGAGUACACAAGGGAGAGAACUCAUGUAUUAUUGGGUAUCACCAUGGUCUUAAUUGGAUUUGCUUUAAGGACAAAGACGGCACCAGAUGUAAAGGAAGCCUAUGGAAAAAUUAAAAAGCAAGAAAGUGUUAAUGACGAGAAACAUCCAGAUGUUCAGUCUUCCACAAAACAGAAACCCCUUGUGGUUAAAUUCAAUAAUGUUGCUUUUCUUGAGGAGCAUGGAGAGAGAUUUUGGUUUUUCAGGACUCAUGUCAUUCCAGUCCUUCUUUGUAUCAUCAUGGUGGCAGUUAUUAUAAUGGCAGUGAGAUUUCACAGACUUAAUUAUGUCACUCCACAGAAGGAAGACCCCAGUGUGUUUUCAGCCAUGAUCUGGACCGUCCAUUUUGCAUAUGAUAAUGUUGGCUGGCCAAGCUUUGAGAGAGCAGCACAAAUGAUCAAUGAUACUGAUGCUGAUGUGGUUGGUUUUCUGGAAAGCGACUGCUCAAAGCCUUAUCUUGGAAAUCAUGACCUGGCCAUGUGGUUUGAGGAAAGACUAGGAAUGUACUCUGAUUUUGGACCGUCCACCAGAGACCACACGUGGGGUGCCACACUUCUCUCCAAAUAUCCAAUAGUGAAGUCUCUUCAUCACUUGCUUCCAUCCCCAAAAGGGGAAUUGGCGCCAGCUUUAAGUGCAACCAUCAACAUCACUGGCAACCUGGUGGACAUUGUUUUGGUUCACAUGGGAAACGAUCGGGACAAUUUAGACCGAAAGCUUCAAGCUCAGGAACUGGCCAGGAUUAUGGAUGAAAGCCCAAAUCCUGUGGUGUUUCUGGGAUACGUGACGUCAUCCCCUAAAAGUCGUGAUUACCGCGUGCUGACGGAGAAGGGACGAACUAAGGACAUAGAUAAAACAGAUUCUGACCGCUGGUGUGAAUACAUUAUGUACCGCGGGCUCAUACGGCUGGGAUAUGCGCGGAUUUCCCAUGGGGGACUCAGUGACACCGAGGUCCAAAUGGCCAAAUUCCGUAUUCCCCCUCCUGGAGAGAAAUACCAGGAUAACGACAUUCUAACGACGAGUCCUAAGGACGUAGCAGAGAACAUACGAUUCCCCAACAGGUUUGGUGCUUUCUACAAGGGACAUUACUCAUCUUGGCAGCAUCACUAUCACAUGUCAACUCCAAAGUACUUUCUACCAGCAGAGAAAAAGAACAAGAAAUAGAAAGAAUAACUUGAAAAUCAUAGGCGGCAAGCGUAGAAGCAGGUGUCUUGCAGACAGAGCUAAACAGUGGAGUGUGAUAUGGCCCUCAGCUCGGCUUACGACGACGGGACUUCAAAGUUUCCGAAAAAGGUUCGAGUAAACUGCGAUAACUCCGAAUUCAUUCGCUCAAGACGUGCCAAGAUUCCGGCCAAUUUGGCCAAGUAAUUGUUCUAAAUUCGCGGAGGCUGAAAGUGCUUUUCCAUGAGGAACUAAGGGCAACCAUUGUGCAUCGAGAUCUUUUGAUCGAGAUCUUUUCAGAUGCCUCGAGAAUCACCUGAGUCCUAUGUAGACAAGGUAACAGCGCUUUGAUUCGCGUGAAAAGUACUGAGAAGAGGACUUGAGAUACGAAGGAAUAUAGCGAAAAAAAAAAACGAAAACCUUGCAGAGCUGUAGGACGAAAUCGGAAAGAAAACAAAAAUAAAAACUCAUUAUAAAAAAAGAA